AUGGAAGUGCCUGUGAAAAAUCUUGCGAUUACCUCCAGCAUAUCUACACUGAAAAACUUGGAGCUUGUCCGAAAAUCAAAAACCAAUCCAAUUAUGAAUGUACUGCGCUCUGUCACCUGGGUGGAGAUUGUCCUGAAACCGAAAAGUGCUGUUCCUAUAGCUGCAGCAGGCAGUGUGUCCUGCCGAAAGGGAGAGAUCGCGCCCAGGGCCCGGCACGAGGAUAGGCAUUCUGUAAUUGUGCCAAGCCACACUACUCAGUCGGAACUGUCAGGACUGUUUCCGAACUCCGUCUAUAUCGUUGAGAUCCACGCUUCCGUUGACUCCAGCGAAGGUGAACUUCACGGGGAGAAAGGCAUUAUUUUUGUUAGGACGUUGAAUGCCACUACAUCAGAAAUCGUUCAGGACCCACCUAUCGAUCAAACCGGCUUUGAUUUGGCAGUGCCGACAACUCCUGACGAGGACGAAGACGAGACCACUGACGACAAUGUGGAUAUACAAACGCCGUACUUUGAUGGAGAGCUUCGAACGUCCGUUAACUGGAUCAACUCUCGAGCCUGCUCACCGGAAAAGAAAACAUUCGUAGUCAAAGCAAAGCGUGGUACUUGUCGAGCGUAUCAGUUGAAUCAACAUGUGGACACACCGGUACAAGAACUACUAGUUAAUGAGUGCUCUGCUGCAAUAGGUGGCCUGACGUUUGACUGCGAUUAUACGCUGGAAAUUGCCGAGAAAGAGAAUGAGAAGACUGUGAUCAGCACCUCCUUUUCAACGAAAUCCUGUGAUGUCACGCCCGCUCAAGGAGCUUUGCCAUGUCUCUCCUUAGCCACUCCGCUUUUCUGCAUAGUUCAUGCUACCGUAUCCUGCCACUGGGUACGAGAUCAAGGAACAAAUGCAGAUACCGUAAUUGGGUACAGGGCUGCACUAUCGUCACCUGUUGGUGAUGACACGAAUAUAACAAUUCUACCUCCACAAACGAGAGAGGUGCAUUAUGAGAACUUGGUACCAUCUACGAUGUAUACUCUGCAAAUUCAACCUAUAAACCGGGGUAUGGGAAAGGCAUUAUCGACCAAUUUCGUGACGCAUUCCAAGAUUCUCGACGAAAACGUUAUCGAACGGUUCCCUGGUGGGGAAAUUAUCGAAUUACCCCUGGAAGCCUCAGCUAUGUCACUGCCACUCUUUUCCACCUUUAUACUGUUCUUUUCACUUAUUGUGCUGUUGUGA